AGUAUGGUAAUCACACUCCUGGACAGUGAGGAGACAGGAGGCGGGAACAACUGAAGUUGCUCAACUGGGUUGAGAUCCAGGUUCAGCAUAAAGUCCUGCUGGAGUGUGCAGUGAAGUGGACAGUGCUCAGACAAGGACCAUGGAGCCCAGUGUCCUGCUCCUCCUCGCUCUUCUUGUGGGCUUCUUACUACUCGUGAUCAGGGGCUACCCAAAGGCUCGUGGCCACCUUCCACCAGGACCCCGUCCCCUGCCCCUCUUGGGAAACCUCCUUCAGAUGGACAGAAGAGGCCUCCUCAACUCCUUUAUUCAGCUUCAAAAAAAAUAUGGAGACGUGUUCACAGUGCACCUGGGACCGAGGCCUGUGGUCAUGCUGUGUGGGACAGAGGCCAUAAGGGAAGCUCUGGUGGACCAAGCUGAGGCUUUCUCUGGCCGGGGGACAAUUGCUGUGUUUGACCCAACUGUACAAGGACAUGGUAUGAUCUUUUCUAAUGGGGAACGCUGGAAGACACUUCGGCGAUUCUCUCUGGCCACCAUGAAAGAUUUUGGGAUGGGCAAGCGAAGUAUAGAGGAGCGGAUUCAAGAGGAGGCCCAAUAUCUGGUGGAGGAGCUGCAGAAAUCCCAGGGAGCUCCCCUGGAUCCUACUUACCUCUUCCAGAGCAUCACAGCCAACAUCAUCUGCUCCAUUGUCUUUGGGGAGCGCUUUGACUACAAAGACCGCCAGUUCCUGCACCUACUGGAUGUGAUCUAUCGGACCUUCUCGCUCAUCAGCUCAUUUUCCAGCCAGGUGUUUGAGCUCUUCUCUGGCUUCCUGAAGUACUUUCCUGGUACCCACAGACAAAUCUACAAAAACCUGCAGGAAAUCCUCUACUACAUUGGCCACAGUGUGGAGAAGCACAGGGAAACCUUGGACCCCAACAAUCCAAGAGACUUCAUUGAUACCUACCUUAUACACAUGGAGAAGGAGAAGUCCAACCAACACACGGAGUUCCAUCACCAGAACCUCAUGAUCUCCGUGCUGUCUCUCUUCCUUGCUGGCACUGAGACCAGCAGUACUACGCUCCGCUUUGGCUUCCUGCUCCUGCUCAAAUACCCCCAUGUUGCAGAGAAAGUCCAAAAGGAGAUCGAUCAGGUGAUCGGCUCACACCGCCCACCAACCCUUGAUGACCGCAACAAAAUGCCUUACACUGAGGCUGUUAUUCGAGAGAUCCAGCGAUUUGCAGAUAUUAUCCCCACUGGAGUACCGCACAAAGUCACCAAAGACACUUUGUUCCGAGGGUACCUGCUCCCCAAGAACACUGAAGUGUACCCCAUCCUGAGUGCAGCUCUUCAUGACCCACGGUACUUUGAACAACCAGAUGCCUUCAAUCCUGACCACUUCCUGGAUGCCAGUGGGGCUCUGAAGAAAACUGAAGCAUUUAUGCCCUUCUCUAUAGGAAAGCGCAUUUGUCUUGGCGAAGGCAUUGCCCGCAACGAAUUGUUCCUUUUCUUCACCACCAUCCUCCAGAACUUCUCUGUGUCCAGUCCCGUGGCUCCUAAGGACAUUGAUCUCAGGCCCAAGGAGAGUGGCUUGACCAACGUAGCUCCAACAUAUCAGAUCAGCUUCGUGGCCCGCUGACUGGGCUGAGGUGGCCAGGUGUCCCCACUCCUGUUGAGAAUGGCCCCAUCUUUCUUCCUCUGUGAGACCUGCUGCCAACCAGGCCGUAGGUCACUUCUCACAUCCUUCAACAUUACUGCAGCUUCUGCAAAGCUCUGAGGUGUGUUCUUCUGCCCUGAGAAAGGCACUGGGGAAGUCAAUCACUGUCUUUCUUGAUGUGUGAACCAAGAGACUUCAGAAGGUCAUAUCUCAUGGUGAGUCAGUUCCCUAUUGCACCCAGCAACCACAGUUUCCAUGUAGAGACUUCUGGUGCUCCAUCAUCUAAUGUAAUGGAUGCUGGCCAUGUCAGAGGAUCAGCAGGUGAAGUUCAAGGUGUCAUUUCAACAGGAGGAAAACGUUCUGAUGGGUAAAUCUUGUUUUAUGUAAGACUAUGAGAACACAGACUCUGCAAUAUCUUUCAAUUCCACUUUGCCUUCACAUAUUUGCUGCUACAAUCUUUCCCUGGUAUCUGGCUUGGUGUGAGUAGAUGUGGGGAGAUCCUGCUACUUGUAACAUAGUGUGUUUCUCUCAUGAAAACAGCCUGUUCUACUGGGCAUUUUACUCUGUGAAUUGUCAAGAUGAUUCCUCCCUAACUGUACUGUUUAAUUAAAGCAAUGUUAGCUUAUUAAGAAUUUUGUGAAAUAAA